AGGGUGGCAAGCCCGGUCAGCCAGAGCAACCCCCGCCCCAGCCGCACCCACCGCCACCCCAGCAGCAGGAGGAAGAAGGGAUGGCGGCCUAGGCUGGAGGAGCAGUGGCGUCCCCUAUGGACGACAGGUUUCUGAGCCUGGACUCGCCCACCUAUGUCCUGUACAGGGACAGAGAAGAAUGGGCUGAUAUAGAUCCAGUACCACAGAAUGAUGGUCCCAAUCCAGUGGUCCAGAUCAUCUAUAGUGAAAAAUUUAGAGAUGUUUAUGAUUAUUUCCGAGCUGUUCUACAGCGUGAUGAAAGAAGUGAACGAGCUUUUAAGCUCACCCAGGAUGCUACUGAGUUAAAUGCAGCCAAUUAUACAGUGUGGCAUUUUCGGAGAGUUCUCUUAAAGUCACUUCAAAAAGAUCUACAUGAGGAAAUGAACUACAUCACUGCACUAAUUGAGGAACAGCCCCAAAACUAUCAAGUUUGGCACCAUAGGCGAGUAUUAGUAGAAUGGCUAAAAGAUCCAUCUCAGGAGCUUGAAUUUAUUGCUGAUAUUCUUAACCAGGAUGCAAAGAAUCAUCACGCCUGGCAGCAUCGACAGUGGGUCAUUCAGGAAUUUAAACUUUGGGAUAAUGAGCUGCAACAUGUAGACCAACUUCUAAAAGAGGAUGUAAGAAAUAACUCUGUCUGGAACCAAAGAUACUUCGUCAUUUCUAAUACCAUUGGCUACAGUGAUCGUGCUAUAUUGGAAAGAGAAGUCCAGUACACUCUGGAAAUGAUAAAACUUGUACCACAUAAUGAAAGUGCAUGGAACUAUUUGAAAGGGAUUUUGCAGGAUCGUGGUCUUUCCAAAUAUCCCAAUCUGUUAAAUCAAUUACUUGAUUUACAACCAAGUCACAGUUCCCCCUACCUAACUGCCUUUCUUGUGGCUAUCUAUGAAGAUAUGCUAGAAAACCAAUGUGACAACAAAGAGGACAUUCUUAAUAAAGCAUUAGUUUGUGAAAUCCUAGCUAAAGAAAAGGACACUAUAAGAAAGGAAUAUUGGAGAUAUAUUGGAAGAUCCCUUCAAAGCAAACACAGCAGAGAAAGUGACUUCUCAACAAAUGUACAGCAAUAA